CUUCGUAUCAACCCGUUUAGGUUACUAUGGCUACAGCUUGUCAACUUUGGCCAAGAGAAUGGAGUUUUCCCAUGUGUCACUUUCUCCGUAGUAUAUAUUAGAUCCGAUUUAAGACAUACCAGGUGCGUUAAAGACUGUAAAAUGCACGGGUACCUGAAUGAGAGUCCUUCGCUAAUGAUUUAACACAAUAUCCUAUUUAAAUUGAUCUCCCCCUGGCUCUCCUGUGAUUGCUCUACUUCAUAAUGGAGAUUGGAGAAAAGCUAAAAGAGCUUAACAUGACCGCUGACGAAGUGGCAAGACUGACAAAGGCGUUUAAAGAUGAGAAAUUCAGAGAGAUGUUCAAUGAUUACGCCCAGGAGCUAUCAAAUCCAGAAAACAGGAGACUCUACGAGGAGGAGAUCGCAAUACUGGAGCAGGAGAGGGGUAACAACAUCGAGUUCAUCCACCCAAAGCCGUUCAGGUCUUUGAGGACCAGCGUGAACCGCAAACAGAAGUGCUACAUCAACAUCUGCGCCAAUGACAAAGUUGGGAAGCCUCGGUGUAAGUCUGCGGUGUCCGACGAUGGACGCAGAGGACAGAGUUGGACGCUGCCGCACAAUCUUCACCCGGGGAGGCAAGAAACCGAUCCGAAAGGGAACAAAAUCAUGAUCUACGAUGUUAUUUUCCACCCGGACACCCUCCACAUAGCUAACAAAAAGGCAGAAUUCAUGGAAAUGGUGAGCAGCACGGCGAUUCAGGGAAUCCAGGAUGCCUUCAAGGUGACGUUGGACAAAAACAACGUACGGGAGAUGACCACAAAGUACAAGGGCACGCCUCAGCCUUGUGUCAUCCGGAAACCCAUCCCGGGGUAUACAGCCAAGCCUCCUGAAGAAAACCCGCUUGCCUUCCCUUAUCCUGAUGACAAAAAAACAAAAAUCAGCCCUGAUCUGGAACCUAGGAGCUUCGAGAUUAAGAAUAAGAAAACCAAAGAGCCUACUGAACCGAGCUAUACUGUGAAAUACAGAUCAUUCAUCGACAUGCAGGACUUCAGAUGUUCCAGGGACUCCGGGAAGAGCCCCAGACCCAAAGAGAUCGUCGUCACUAUUGACGUACCGUUGCUAAAGUCCGUCGCGGACGCUAAUCUGGAAGUGAAGGAAAAAAGCCUGCUGCUGGAGUCCGAGACGCCUGCCUACAGGUUGGAGUUGCCUCUGUCCUACCCGGUGGACGAGGAGAAAGGGAGCGCCAAGUUCAGCAAGCAGAAAGGACAACUGACGGUCACGUUGCCCGUCCUUCCCUCAAGUGAGGCCGCAGAGUUUUGUUGGGGUGAAAACGCGACAGAAGCUGAAGAAAGUCAAGUACUUGAAGAGAAUGUGAUGAAAGAUGUUAAAGGUGAGGAACCUGUAAACGGUGAUUGGGGUGAAGGUACUAGUAAGGAGGAACAAAGAACGUCUCAAAUUGCGGAGGAGGAACGCAGGGUUGAAGAAGAGAGAAGAGAGGAAGAAUUUAAUGUACAGGACAUUGGAGAACCAGAUGGAGUUUACAUCGAAGGAGAUCGGGAACCUCAGAUGGCCAAUCAGAAAGAAGAUGGCUGUGAGAAUGACGGAACAUUAGAAGAACAUCUGGAAGUAGAAGUUCUCGAGCACAUGAAAGAAUAUCAAGUUAACCUCAACGAAAAUGAAAGUCUUAGGAAAGAGGAGUGUUUGACAAGACAAAGAACAUGCGAAGAACUCAUGGAGAAGGUCCUAGAAGUCGAAGAAAAGACUGGACACAAGGUGGAAGACAAUAGAGAACAGGAUAAUCUGUCCUUUAAAGAAAAUCUGGUUAACCUCAAAGAAAAUGAACAUCAAGCACGGUUUCAGAAAGAGGAGGCUUCGAUAGGGCUAAGAACAUGCAAAGAACCUGUGGGAGAGGAACAAGUUGAAGAACGAAAAAAGCAUGACGUGGAUGAAACUGGAGAACAGGAUACUCUGUGCGUUAAAGAAUGUCAGGUUAACCUCAAUGAAAAUGAAAAUCAGGCAGCUUUCAAUGAAGAGGAGCUUUCGAUAGGGCAAAGAACAUACAAAGAAACGGUUGAAGAACCAAAAAAACAUGACGUGAAUGAAACUGCAGAACAGGAUACUCUGUCCGUUAAAGAAAGUCUGGUUAAUCUCAAUGAAAAUGAACACCAGGCACCUUUCCAUGAAGAGGAGCUUUCGAUAGGGCAAAGGACAUGCAAAGAACCUGUUGAAGAACCCAAAAAACAUGACGCGGAUGAAACUGAAGAACAGGAUGCACUGUCCAUGAAAGAAAACCAACUCAAGCACAUGAAAGAAAAUCAAGUUAACCUCAAUGAAAACAAAUGUUUUAAGGAAGAGGAGUGCUCGACAAGACAAAGAACAUGCGAGGAACUUAUGAAAAAGGUCCAAAAAGUUGAAGAAAACAGUAGACACAACGUGGAAGAAACUACAGAACAGGAUUCUCUGUCCUUUAAAGAAGAUCUAGUUAACCUCAAUGAAAAUGAACAUCAAGCACCUUUUAAGGAAAAAGAGCUUUCUAGAAGGCAAAGAACAUGCAAAGAACUUGUGGACGAGGAACAAGUUGAAGAACGAAAAAAGCAGGACGUGGAUGAAACUGAAGAACAGGAUGCACUGUCUAUCAAAGCAAACCAACUUGAGCACAUGAAAGAAAAUCAAGUCAACCUCAAUGAAAAUGAACGUUUUAGGGAAGAGGAGUGCUCGACUAGACAAGGAACAUGUGAAGAACUUAUGAAAAAGGUCCUAGAAGUAGAAGAAAAGACUGGAGACAAGGUGGAAGACACUAGAGAACAGGAUACUCUGUCCUUCAAAGAAAAUCAUGUAAACCUCAAUGAAAAUGAACAUCAAGCACCUUUUCAGGAAAAGCUUUCUAGAAGGCAAAGAACAUGCAAAGAACUUCUGGACGAGGAACAAGUUCAAGAAGGAAAAAAACAUCACGUGGAUGAAACUGAAGACCGGGAUGGACUGUCCGUUAAAGAAAAUCUGGUUAACCUCAAUUUAAAUAAACAUCAGACACCUCUUCAGGAAAAACUUUCAAGAGGGCAAAGAACAUGCAAAGAACCUUUGGAAGAGGAACAAGAUGAAGAACGAAAAAAGCAUGACGUAGAUGAAACUGAAGAGCAACAUGUACUGUCCAUGAAAGAAAACCAGAUUAACCUCAAUCACACUGAUCAUAAGGAUGAAGAGGAAUGCUUGACAGGGCAAAGAACAUGCAAAGAACUUGUGGAAGAUGUUGAAGAAACACCAAGAAGCGAGAUGGAAGAAACUGGAGAAGAGACUGUACUAUGCAUUAAAGAAAGGCAAGUCAACCUCAAGGAAAUUCAAAGUGAGGAUCAAGUGAGAGAAAUAGAUGAACCAAUGACAAUUGACUCGGCACACGAGUCGAGUUCUUCAGGAGAAGAUUCACGUGCUGAUGCAUUUUUAGUGACGAACGCCUUGACGAAAGAAGCCACCACGACACAAGAGAAGGACGUUAAGGUGGAUGAACCAUGUGGUGAACCCUCGGCUACUGAAACAAGCCUGAAAAACACCAAGGACACACCAGAUGAAGCUUCUAUCAAGGUAGGAGGGGGCGAAACCAGCCACGGGGCUGAGGAAAGCGCCAAUCUUUCAACAAAGGAUGAUGAAGAGUGCCAGCCAGGAAAGCAGCCCACACAACACCCGAAAGCAGACAAAAACCCGCCGCCGCUCUCACUGAGGGAAAUUGACAAAGAUGGAAACGUGACCGUGCUAAGCGAUCAUGUCACAUCAGCAGGAUUUGUCUUCCAGAACUCCCUCGUGUUCGAACUUGACUGAGACUGAAAGUCGUUGAACCAAUGUCUAUCCAUCAGAUAGUUUAUUAUUCAUACCUUGGCUAGAUUUCAGAUUGUUAACGCUACUUCUGAGCAUUCACUUAGACAUUCUAACACUUCUGGAUUUAUUAGUAAGCAUUUUAAAUAAAAAUGAGUAGAGUGACUUCAUUGUAUUGCACACAUGGCAGAUCUGUAGGAAAAGAUGCAGGUGAAUAAAGCCUUCUAAUUGCCUUUCUUCAUAAGUGUGUGG